ACACCGAGAACACACGCGUUCAUCUUUAAUGUGCGUCUAGGACACGAGUCUAAAUUCUGUAAAUGGCUAACAAGCGUGAAAACAUUCUCUUUAUAAAAGUAGUUUUGAUUAUUUUUCACAGAUUUCUAAGCGAUGCGCAGCAAGGUUCCCCAAAGAUUCGUGUCUUUGCGAUGAAAGCUCUUGACGAUCAACACAAGCCGGUUCUGACCUGUCUGGCCACUGGUUUCUACCCCAGAGAUAUUGAGUUGAACAUCAGAUGCAAUCAAACUGUUCUUAAGGCUCAAACAUUUACUGAAAUCAGACCAAAUGAUGAUGGAUCCUUUCAGAUGAGUGCCAGUGUGGAGAUUGAAAGAAACCUCAGAGGAUCUUAUGACUGUCUGGUUAAUCACAGCAGUCUGACAGAACCAGUUUUAGCAAAAUGGGAUGGGACUUAUUCUGACAGUGAAACCGAAUCUCAAUGGCCUGUUUUUGUAGGAGUUGUAGCAGUUGUGGUUGCAGGCCUGGGGUUAUUAAGUUGGUUGUGUAUAAAAUUUCAAAAGGCUAUAAUUCAAAAUUUUAUAGCAUCAUUGACUUCACCCUGUAAUCCUCCUGACCCUGAACAAGCUGCGAGUAAUGUGUUCAAAUAUGACUGCGGAGACGCAAUGCUGUCUUAGAUCGAGUGGAUGCCAAGCUGCUAUAUCCUUCAUAUUGAUAUUAAUAAUAUUGCAUUAUUUCUUGUUUGAUUUAGGUUAUAAGCAAUGCCUGUAUUUGGUUGUCUGUAUUUAAAAAUGAGAGUAAUAAUAAGUAAAUAUACUUUUUUAUGUUUUUAAC